UCUCUCUCGUCGGAGUCUCUCUUGCUCUCUCAUUCUCUAUCUUGCUCUCUCACUCUCUCUCUUUCUCUCUCUCUCUCUCUCUCUCUCACAGUGCCGUGGUGCAACGACUCAUCGCUUCUGAUCCGUGAGCCACCGACCUCCAUCUCGUCCUCCACCCACCAACCCGCACCCACAAUAGGUUGUACUGACCACAGAGGGACACUUGAGUAUCCAGGAAGAACCGUGACAUUGGAGCCUGCUGAAGGUGAAGUUUGUGUUAGUCCACAUUUUCAAUUAUCAUUUCCAAAUGGGGGGGCUUGCCGCUGAGAAACACAUCCAAUACAUUUUAACAGUUGAAAAGAGGAAGGAUGAUUUUAUCUCUGUUGUGAUGGAACAUUUGAGAAUGAGUGGGGCAUACUGGGGAUUGACCACUCUGGAUCUUUUGGAAAAGCUCGACACUGUAGAUGUGGAUGAGGUUGUUUCAUGGGUCAUGAAGUGCCAGCAUGAGUCAGGGGGGUUUGGUGGUAACAUUGGACAUGAUCCUCACAUACUGUAUACUCUAAGUGCCGUACAAGUUUUGGCCCUUUUUGAUAAGCUAAAUGUUCUUGACAUUGAUAAGGUGACUAAUUAUGUUGCUGGGCUGCAAAAUGAAGAUGGAUCCUUUUCAGGAGACAUAUGGGGUGAAGUUGAUACACGGUUCUCUUAUAUUGCUAUAUGUUGUCUCUCAAUAUUACGUCGCUUGAAUAAAAUCAAUGUGGAGAAGGCUGUGAGCUACGUCGUAAGUUGCAAAAAUUUGGAUGGUGGAUUUGGAUGCACACCUGGUGGAGAGUCCCAUGCAGGGCAAAUUUUCUGUUGUGUGGCUGCACUUUCUCUAACGGGGUCAUUGCAUCAUAUUGACAAGGACCUUCUUGGGUGGUGGUUGUGCGAGCGGCAAGUUAAAUCUGGAGGUCUUAAUGGCCGUCCUGAGAAACUCCCUGAUGUCUGCUACUCUUGGUGGGUUCUUUCUAGCUUGAUCAUGAUAGACAGGGUUCAUUGGAUAAAUAAGGAAAAGCUUGUUAAGUAUAUCUUAGACUGCCAGGAUACGGAAAAUGGAGGAAUUUCUGAUAGACCAGAUGAUGCUGUGGAUGUCUACCAUACAUACUUCGGCGUAGCUGGACUUUCACUUCUUGAAUAUCCAGGAUUGAAAGCCAUAGAUCCAGCUUAUGCUCUGCCUGUUGAUGUUGUAAAUAGAAUUGUCUUUGGCAGAUAACUGAUUCUUUUUUAGCUUUCGAUUCUACAUCACUUGCAUCAAUUUGAUACCUUUUUGUUUCUCUAAUAAUAGAAAGAACAUUGAUGCUGUAUUGCUACAUAGUAAAUCGAUCUUCUGCAUCGACUGUUUUCAACA